AACUGCUUUCGACUUCCUGCAGGAAGCUGCUCAUUUUCAUGAACCGGUUCUGUUCGAUAUUUUCACACGUAUAACGGAAAGCAAAACAGACAUGAUUCGAAACGUUCUCAAGAGUAUAUUUUUGAAGAAAAAAGUAGUUGACAAUUUCAUUUUUUACCUCUGCUACAGAUGGACGGUCUGGAUGCUCGUUAUUUUCAGUUUUAUUGUGACAUGCAGGCUUGUUCUAGGCGAUUCUUUCACAUGCAUCUCAUCAACGGAUAGGAUACCUUUGCGCUACAUGCAGACCAAAUGUUAUGCCGAUUCUGUUUACUCAUCGCCAUUUCAAGACGAUGGAAAGGUUUCAUUAAUUAAUAAGUCAACAUAUGAAUAUCAACGAUACCAAUGGUAUUAUUCAUGGGUGAAUUUAUUUUUCCUAUUACAUGCUUUCAAUUUCUAUCUGCCUCAUCUGUUUUGGAAAUCUUACGAAUUAGGGUAUACAAGGAGUCUCAUAGCUGGUGUUGAGAACGUUUUUGCCAAGGAAGAGAAAAGAAAUCUGAAGCUGUUAUUUUUGGCCAAAUAUGUCCUGGCCACUCAAGGAAAACAUAAGAUCUACACAGCCUUGUACAUCUUCUUUGAAACUUGCAAUUAUGCCAUAUCACUUGCCCAAACACUGUGGUUGAUUGCCUUCUUCGAUGUAACAGGUGUUCCAGAUAGCAUUCCGAUUUCUAUCAAGACGUGGUCAGAUUUCAAGGAAUUUUACUUCCCGCCAGAGGGUACUUGUGUUCUUUCCCAUUACGGUACUUCAGGAAACCGCCAAAAGUAUGCUUUCCUUUGUGCCUUACCUCUCAACUACCUAUAUAUGAAAUUAUUCUUGUUCCUCCAUGCUUGGUACAUAUUCCUCACCAUUCUAUGUGGGAUCGUCUUGGUUUAUCGAAUAAUUUUAUUAGUUCCAUCUCUGAGAAUGAAAGUAAUCCUGUUCUCAGCUCCGUUAACAGAAAAAGAGACUCUGAAAUCGCUCUGCAGCCGUUUAUCAUAUAGUGAUGCCUUUUUCUUGACAAGGCUUCAGAAAAUCAUGACAGAUAUCGACUUUGCUCAGAUGCUGGAGAAAAUAUGUGUUGUGUCUCAAUACAAAGAUGGAAAACACGAGGGUGACAGUUUAUCGCUUACAGAAGAAGUUCGUAAAGAGAUAGACAGUUCGACUGCUACAUCUCCAUUGUAAAAUUUCAGACAUAAAUCUGUAAGCUUUUAAUAUUUCUGUUUCGACUUCAGGCCCCUAUUGCAACAUUAAAAGUAAUUGCAUCGACUCUUGAAA